AUUUGAACCUCAAGGACAUGAAGCGUUCUAGGUAAACCGAGAGUUUCAAACUCGCUGGAUUUCUGUGUUUCGGGGAGCAGAAAUCUUAAAAAAGAUAUUGGUACAAGAAGGCACCAAAUACAUAUGCGCCACGCAAAUCUUAUUUGAUAUGUGUGAGGGCCGUGAUACUGCCCGGGUGCCCAAACCGAAGCAGGUGGUUUUCUUAGGAGACCACACUCACAGCCUUCGACCUGGUCUGAUCCACAAAGCAAUGUAAGGAGAUGCAUUCACAUGGUAGCCGGUGACCAAUGACUGAUUCAUACGCUAUUUGUUCCUUCAGGAUAUUGGAGCCCAUGUGCACCAUUGGUUUGGGAGCAGUGUUUUCCAACUCCCCUAGGUGGACUCUCCAUGUCCAACAACCCAACUAAAUCGCCAGACAUUCGCUUUUUGUCCUCUCAACUUCGUAAACAACACCCCCGCCACGAGAAGGCAGUGAGUAGGACUUCCCUAGCAGAGGCUGUAUAGGCGUGGCCAUGUGAGAGCACUUCGAGAAGGAGAGCGGACUCCCCCCACUCUCGGCCGUACCAGGACAUUUGGGUGCGAGGCUCUAUGUUGUUUAUGAUUUAUUUGAAAAUCCUCUCAUCCACAUCUCAUAAGCGUUAUUUAUGUUACUAUUAUUAAUCUCAAAUUUUGCUACUUAUAUAUAUAUCUUCUAUGUAUUCUUUACUGGUUUUUACCUUUGUGUUGUCUUCAUAGUAUUAUGUCAGGUGUGAAAGCUGCAAGGCCAAUUCUGUCUAGAAAUCAUGCAGAAGCUCGAAGGCGAGUCAUUAGUUUAUAUCGUUCCUGGUACAGACAACUUCCUUUUAUACCAAAAGAAUAUGCUCAGAGUAGCGUAGAUCUUACAGUGCCGGUUUUGUAUGCAAGAUUAAGGGAAGAGUUCCGUAAAAAUAAGGAUAUAAAAGAUGUACGUAUAAUUGACUUGUUAAUUCACAGAUGGCAAAAUGAACUAAUUGAAGUGGCGCGUUUGUGGAAGUCUGAUACGCAUGUGAUGGACUUUUUUAGAGAAGAUCAUCUCCCAGAAAAGCCGAAAGAUUUCUUGGAUAAAUUUCUAUCUGGAAAGCAGUAAUAUUUACGAAACUUUUGAAUUGUAGAAGCUUUUGUUUAUAGUGUGGUAGAUAAUUUUUAUCUCAUAAUUUUUCUACUGUAUGCUGAAAGUGAUAAGUGACAGCAUGAAAUGAGACAAAAUAUUUACCGAGGCUUUGAGCUAAUACCAGUCUCAACUUGCUUAUUGUAGAUUUCCAGUAAUACAUCUAAGACCAUUUUUAGCAGCGGAUGAGUAUACAUAAAAUUGAAGAUAAUUACGUUUAGAGGGAUCAUUAAAGACUGUCAAACAUAAAACCGCCA